UGCAGUGAUGUUUGCAUACUUUUCAAGGAUCGUUGCUCUUAUAUAUGUAAAUACAUGUGAGCAACGGCACAUACACAAAGCAACAUGCUAGUGCAAGCUUAUAACCUAAUGGCUCAUGCCUUCCUUCUCUUCCUCUUAUUCACUUACAUUAUAUCUACAAAUAUUCAUGCCUGCAAACAAAUUGAACGCGACUCCCUCCUGUCCUUUGCCUCCACUCUCUCUUCUCCUCCUUUAAAUUGGACAUCCAUUGAUUGCUGUCGCUGGAAGGGCGUCACUUGUGAUCCAGAUGGUUGUGUCACCCGUUUGCUGUUGCCUUCCAUAGGGCUUAAAGGAGGUAUCUCUCCCUCUUUACUUGGAAAUCUCACACAUCUCACCCACUUGAACCUUUCCCACAAUUCACUAUAUGGUUCACUUGAAACUCAGUUCUUCUUGUCUUUGAAUCGACUUGAGAUCCUUGAUUUGAGCUAUAACCGUCUUUCUGGAGAGCUACCACUUUCUCUACCAUCCAGCAAUAUCCGGACAGUCGAUUUGUCCUGCAAUCACUUCUUUGGUGCAAUUCCAUCUUCUAUCUUCCAACAGGCUAGCAACUUGACAAGUUUCAAUGUCAGCAACAAUGCCUUCACCGGGUAUGUUCCGUCCUCUAUUUGUCUCCAUUCUUCUCCCUCCCUUAGGCUAUUGGAUUUUUCUUCCAAUGUAUUCAGUGGCAACCUUGCUCUUGGGCUAGGGAAGUGUUCCAAACUGCAGGUUUUUCGUGCGAGUCACAAUAACCUCUCAGGAUUACUUCCAGAAGAUAUCUAUAAUGCUACCAAACUUGAAGAAAUUACAUUACCUCUCAAUUCACUACAUGGAGCCAUUAGUGAUAAAAUUGUCAACCUCACAAACCUUGCCAUCCUUGACCUCUACUUUAAUCAUUUUGGCGGCGAGCUUCCUCUCAAUUUGGGGAAGCUCUCCAAGUUGAAGUUUGUGACCUUUGACUUCAACAAUUUAGAAGGUGCUUUGCCCCCAUCUUUGAUGAAUUGCACAAACCUUGUAGAACUGCAUUUGAGAUCCAACAACUUGGAAGGAGAUAUCUCCAUGCUUGAUUUCUCCAAACUUAGUCAACUUACUAAACUGGAUCUAAGGAACAAUAACUUCACUGGUACGGUUCCAAUAAGUCUUUACUCAUGUCGGUCCUUAAAAGCCAUUGGAUUGAGUAGAAAUCAUCUAGAGGGACAAAUACAAGUUGAAAUUCUUUCAUUGAAAUCCUUGUCCUUCCUCUCAAUUGGUUUCAACCAAUUCACCAACCUCACAAGAGCAAUGAAGAUAUUGAUGAGUUGCAAAAGUCUUCACGCACUCAUUCUUUCUGCUGCCUUUAAAGGUGAGGGAAUGCCAUUUGAUGAUGACAUGGUUGAUUUUGACGGAUUCCAAAAUCUUCGAAUUUUAAGUUUGGCUGGUUCUGACCUCACUGGUCGAAUACCUGUAUGGUUAUCAAAGCUCAAGAAUAUAGAGGUAUUGAUGCUGGGUGAUAAUCAAAUCACAGGGCCAAUUCCAAGUUGGUUGGGGACUCUUCCUAGACUGUUUUAUAUAGACUUGUCAGACAACCAAAUUUCAGGUGAAUUUCCAAAGCAACUUUGUAGACUACCAAGGUUGAUUUAUGAAGCAGAAGACCAAUAUGAACUUGAAUUGCCAGUCUUCAGCAACAUAAAUACUGGAAAUCAACUUUUUCAUAAAUUGUCUUCUUUUCCAGCAAUAAUAGACUUAUUUAACAAUAACAUGAGUGGUCAUAUACCUACUGAGAUCGGCCAAUUGCAGCUUCUCUACGAGUUGACUCUUUACUCCAACAACUUCUCAGGCGUCAUUCCAGACCAAAUAUCUAACUUAAAAAAGUUAGAGGUUUUGGACCUCUCCAAUAAUCACUUGUCUGGAAUAAUCCCAUCGUCAUUGGCAAGCCUUCAUUUCUUGAAAUAUUUUAAUGCCUCAUACAAUAACCUCGAAGGACCAAUACCAACAAGCACCCAGCUCCAAAGCUUCAACGCUUCUGCCUUUGUGGGGAAUCCAAAACUUUGUGGUGUCCCACUUCCAAAUAAGUGUGGACCAAAUAAGGGCAUUGAUGCAGAUAAAAAGAACAACAAAGACGUGCACAAUGGGCUUCAUCAACUUCCAUGGUUUUAUAUUUUCACUGCGUUGGGGUUCAUAGUGGGAUUUUGGGGAAUAUGUGGUUCUUUAAUUAUUAACAAGACAUGGAGAUACACAUAUUUUCGAUUCAUAGACAAUCUACAAGAUAGGGUCUAUGUGCACAUCAACAUGAUGAAAAAAAGGCUUAGAGGCUAGAUAUAUAUUAUUAAUAUUGUACUUUUUAUUUUGCAUACUCAGUCCAAAGAUAUGAAAACUGAUGCAUAUGCAUGUAACACGGUUGGCAAUUGUGAAGGAUUGAUGUCUAUGUCUAUGUUUUGGAUUGGAAUUCCCUUGCUGCUGUGCUUUGGCAUGUGGGGCUCAAAGGUUAUGUUUGAAUAUUGAAGUCUCCAUUUGUUUUCAUGUCUUUUAACAAAUGGAGCGUAUGGUAAGCGCCCUCAUGCCUUGAAUCAUUUAUCAUCAAAAUAUUUAAUAUCCUAACUGAUCAUGCAUUUCAUACUUUGACAAAAAAAUUUGUGGACUUUGUCUAUACACACGAGGAAGAAACACAUACAUAUGUAGGUGUGCGUUCAGGGCUUCUAAGCCAAUGAAGACAUUCAGAAUUUCAUUUUGGAGUGGAGAAGCUUGUGCUAGGCGCAUAUUUGUGUAUGGGAGCAUGAGUCAUAUUGAUAACAUAUGUUACCAAUAUGAAGUAUCUUGUAAAACUAAUCACUUAGCCCAAAUAGAUGCAUUUGAAUAACUCUAGGGGCAUGUCAGUACCCAAAUCAAGUAUCCGCUCUUUUUACUCCCA